AACUUCACACUCCUCACAAACCUUCGCUUACAGUCCUUAUGACACAAUAUACUAUUUCACGACGGACAAAAAAUCACCAGACGUAAAUUGAUAGUAACAGAAGGGCACCGUUCGUGAGGGAUUAAAUUUAGGUUUUUCUAUGUACUUUAGGAAAAGACAUGAACGACACAUUUCUGGCUGAAGCUGAAAAAUGUAUCGAGAAAACCGGUGUGGAUCCACAUGUUGUAGGAACCCUGUAUGAGGACGGGGGAUCCAAAGCUGAUGAAAAAGUCAAAUGUUUCAUUGCAUGCAUCCUGAAAGGUCUUCGAAUGAUGACGGAGGACGGUACUGUGGAUGCGGAAGGCAGUAAAGCAAAUGUUCCAAGUGAUGAGCCUCAUCGCGAGACAAUUAUUGCGGCAAUCGACGCAUGCCACAAUGAGAAGGGAGCCAAUGAAUGCGAGACAGCCCACGCCAUGUUCACGUGCAUGCAUAAGAAAUACAUGAAUGAUGGCGCAUAACCGGAGUAAAUGAGGAUGAUCCCCUGCUACAUCUCUUGGAAUACUACGGGUGAUCUACGUCAGAGACUGCACUUCGUUUUCUCCAGCCAA